GGCCAUUCCAUCGCCAACCACAAAAAAGCCAUCCCAAACCGUGUCACCUCAACAGAUACCCGCGGAAAAGACAAAGCAAAGCCAUAUUUACAACCAUGACUGUGAAAACACAUUUGAAACUUGUGAUUUUGUAUCUCCUUAUCCUUGCUUGUUUUACCCAUCGAUGCAAGUCUCUUUGUAGGUUCUCAUCAUCAGAGAAUCUUAGAGAUGGUGAGAUCAAAGGGAUGUUUGUGUUUGGAAGCUCUCUGGUGGACAAUGGGAACAACAACUUCUUGGAUACAAAGGCUAAGGCUGACUAUUUGCCUUAUGGAAUAGAUUUUCCUAACGGUUCAUCUGGGAGAUUCACAAAUGGGAAAAAUGUGGUGGACCUUCUUGGUGAACAGCUUAAGCUUCCUUCCUUAAUACCUCCAUUUAUGGACCCAGCAACCAAGGGAAGUAGAAUUGUUGAGGGGGUCAACCAUGCCUCUGGUUCUGCAGGUAUAUUAGAUGAUACCGGUUCAGUUGCGGGCAAUGCGACCAGUAUGAAUCAACAAAUCAAGAAUUUUGAGGAGGUGACCCUGCCAGAUUUAGAAGCUCAGCUGGGAUGCAAAAGCAGUGAAUCUCUCCCCAACUACAUAUUUGUCAUUGGAAUUGGUGGGAAUGAUUACGUUUUCAACUAUUUCUUGAGGAAAACCUUCCUCAUAGUUGGUCUUGAACGCUUCACUAGCUAUCUCAUAUCCUCUCUAUCUAAGCAACUCGAGAAUUUGUACAAUUUGGGAGCUCGGAAAUUUGUUCUUACAACGAUAUAUCCAAUUGGGUCCAGUCCAAUGGUUAAUUUGAACCAGCCUAACUGCGGUCCCUGCUCACAAGCUUUGAACGUAGCGGCUGCUGUCUACAACAUUCACUUGAAGUCUCUGGUGGAAGAUAUAAAGCCUCGAAUGCCUGGUUCCAAUUUUGUUGUUGUCAACACAUAUGACAUUGUAAAGGAUAUCAUUGACAAUCCAGCCUCCAAAGGCUUCAGCGACACAACCAAUGCUUGUUGUGAAGUGAAGUCAGCAGAGCAAGGUGGAACUGGAGUUUCAUGUGAAAGAGGUGGGCAAGUGUGUGCAGACAGGAAUUCUCAUGUGUACCUUGAUGGCUUACAUCCAUCUGAAGCUGUGAAUAUUCAAAUAGCAACUAAGGCCUAUGCUUCUAAUCUUGAAAGUGAGGUUUAUCCCAUAAAUGUUAAACAACUUGCAGAACUUUAAGCUCCUUAUCUUCAUCUGUGUUGGCUAGUCUAGGUUCCAAGUUCCUGAAUUGGAAACCUAUAGUGGUUCACUACAAUAUAUAGACUGUGCUUCGGUGACCUGUAAUUUUAGGUUUUUCAUCCUCUUCCCAGCUUGUUCUAGGUUGAGUUCUGGAUCUUUAUACUUGUAUGGUUUCCAAACAAAGAGAGCUGCACCCAAUGGCCAAAGAUCAACUCUUAAGUAACAAUUUCCACAUUACAUAUGCCCUCAAACUCCAAACAUUUUUUUUAAGAGACGAGAUUUACCUAA